AUGCUGCAGAGUGUAUGCGGGUUGUGCAGCUCUCAUGUGCAGCAUCACGAAUCGUGCCGUAUUAUUCGAAACGGCGAUUGCCCAGUGGUGAGAAUCGGUGUCGGGCGGGUUGUAUCUCCGGUCGUCAAUCUGGACUUUGACGCCCGAGUACCGAUCCCCUUCAGCGUUUUCCCAUCGUCGUACCGGAGCGACGAGCAGCAAACCACCACCCAGACUCACGUCGAGGGUGAAAUCAAGCUCCCCCAGGCCUCAUCGCGCGUCGGACGGGACGGUCAAUACUCUUCGUUCUCCGCCAACCUUCCUCCACCGCCCCAGGACGACCGAUACCAAGCCGAGGAGGUAGUCCACAUCACCCGGGAAGAGGAGCGUCACCACCGUCCGAGCCGCAGAGAAGAUAUCUACAUCCGCGACGAGAGAAGACCUACCACCACAUUCCAACCUCAACAACAACAAUCAUCUACACACAUCGACUUCGAAGUUCCCAAUCGUCGACGAGAAUACAAGACUACAUACAACGUUGACAUCGAAGGCCCUCGUCCACACCGCCGCCAAUACGCUGGUACUGAUAUCGACAUCGCCGAGCGUGAGUACCGAUCUCGUGUCCAGCCCAGCUACCGUGAGGAUAUCCGAGUCACCGGUGCGACUGUAGACCCGCCCCGUUUCCAGCCCAGCUACCAGGAAGAAGUUCGUGUCAGCGGUACCACCGUCGACCCUCCCCGUCACCAACAAACAUCCUUCCGUGAGGAAGUUCGUGUCUCUGGUACUACCGUUGACCCUCCUCGACCUCAAUCCACCUACCGUGAAGAGGUUCGUGUCACCGGUUCCACUGUUGACCCGCCAUCUCUCCGCAAGCCAAUCAGAGAAAAGGUCCGCUUCACUGAAGAGACCGUCGACCCGUCUUCCCGCUUUCAAGAAGUCCGCGUCUCUCAAGAGACCGUAGAUCCUCCCUCCCGUUUCCCCAAAGCCAAGAUGGGUUACUACGAUGAAGAUGGUCACUAUCACUCCUUCCGUCACGGUCUCCACCGUGCUGCUGAUCGUGUCCUUGGACCUGGCCCACGCUCCGAGGGUCCUCGUGCCGCCGCCGAGCCAGCCUAUACUCCCAACACCGUUACGAUCCCAUGCCACCACAUCCGUCUCGGCGAUCUCUUGAUCCUUCAAGGUCGUCCCUGCCAAGUCAUCCGCAUCACCACUUCAGCUGCCACUGGCCAACACCGAUACUUGGGUGUCGACCUCUUCACCAAGCAAUUGCAUGAGGAGUCUUCCUUCAUCUCGAACCCAAGCCCAAGUGUUGUCGUCCAAACCAUGCUCGGCCCUGUCUUCAAGCAAUACCGUGUUCUUGAUCUCCAAGAUGGUGUUGUCGUUGCCAUGACCGAGACUGGUGAUGUCAAGCAAAACCUUCCCGUCAUCGAUCAAUCCAACCUUUGGGGACGUCUGUCCGAGGCCUUCGAAUCUGGCCGUGGUUCCGUUCGCGUCCUGGUCAUCUCAGAUCAAGGUCGUGAGCUCGCCGUCGACAUGAAGACCAUCCAUGGUUCCCGCCUGUAA